GUUGCAUUAAGUAUUUGGAGACCACGUAAUGGAUAAAUAAUUACGAAUGGCGGGGUUUAUGUUUUAGUUUAAAUCAAACUAAUCCUGAGGUUGUGACUUUCCCGGUAAUACAAAUAUCUGCGCAAUUCGCUGGCAAAACACACAGCGGAAGCGGAAACAUCUUAAGCAAACAGAAAUGUCGACCUUCAGAGAGGAUAUGCGUUUACUAAUAUUACUCCUAUUAGGAACAGCGUGGGCGGAUGUCUUACCCAAUGGCUGUCCACGAGAUUUCAGCGUCCAUCACCUGCUGAGACACGAAGAUUGCAAAAAAUUCUACUCAUGCAGCAAUGGAGUGCCUAUUGAGAUGUCGUGUGCGCCUGGAACUGCCUUUGACUUUGAUUUACAGAAAUGUAUCGAAGACACUUCCGGGUGUGCCAAAAACGAUCAUAACUUUAUAGACAGUGGCGGAACGUGCAUUCCCACUGCACACGAAACAGAUUGUACUAAAUACUACUCCUGUGAAAAAGGUGUUCAUGUGUUGACCAGUUGUGACCCAGGAUAUAGGUUUAAUACCGAAACGGGGAAAUGCGAUGUAUCAUCCAAAGUGACAUGCAAACACAUAAAAAAGCGCUCCAUACAGACGAGAUGUCCCAACGAUGUGAGGAUACAAAUGAACAUUCCACACGAGAGCGACUGCGAUAAAUAUUACAGAUGUUUCCACGGGAAUCGAAUCUUGAUGUCCUGUUUUAAUGGGGCACAUUACAAUCCGAAAACCCAGAGUUGUGACACGCCGGAGAAUGCUGGUUGCGUUGACGAGGAAAUUAUCGAGGACUGUCCAGCUAACACCUUUAUCCCAAUAUUUUUACCUCAUGAUACUGACUGUAGCAAGUAUUAUAGAUGCUUUAGGGGUAACAAACAAGUCCAAAGGUGUGGUCAUGGUCAGCAUUUUAAUGCGAAAACCCAGCUCUGCGAUACAAUAGCAAACGCUGGCUGCGAAAAGGAAUCGAACCCGCCAAAUGAGUGCCUUAAGGAUGGAAUGUUGCUAUCACAUGAGCAGUGUGAUAAAUAUUUUCAAUGUGUUCACGGGAAUAAAAUAUUAAUGCCGUGUCCAACUGGGAUGCACUUUAGUUUCAAGUUACAGCGAUGUGAUUGGCCAAAAAUAGCGAAAUGUGAGCCAACACAAACACCAACAACAACAACGACUACAACAACAACAACAACGACACCGAAACCGGAAUCAACACCCACACCGGGAUACUUUCCUAACGGAUGUCCUAUAGACUAUAGAAUUGAACAGUUGUUACCACAUCCGGAUUGUACGAAAUUUUAUCAGUGCGUGCAUGGUUUUAAACAAGAAAUGCCUUGUCCAGGAGGAACGCACUUCAGUUUUGCUUUGCAGAGAUGUGAUUGGCCUAGUAUAGCAAAGUGUGUUCCGGGUAUAACAACUACAACUCGACGCCCAAUAACAACUCGUCGACCAACAACAACUACUCGUCGAUCGACAACAAUUACAACGACCAAAUCACCUAUUAGUACCCCAAGGCCUGGAUAUUUUCCCAAUGGAUGUCCAGUAGACUACAGAAUCGAACAAUUGUUACCACAUCCUGACUGCACUAAAUUCUAUCAGUGCGUGCAUGGCUUUAAACAAGAAAUGCCAUGUCCGGGAGGAACACACUUCAGUUAUGAACUGCAGAGAUGCGAUUGGCCACAUAUUGCUAAUUGUAAGCCUGGAGCUUCAACUUCUUCCCCAACAACAACACCUUCUACAACACCCAGUACAACAACAUCAACACUAAGACCAACAAUAACAACGCCCAGCGUAACAACGUCAAAGCCAGAAUAUUUACCAAAUGGUUGUCCUAAGGACUUUUCGGUCCAUUUGUUGCUACCACAUGAGUACGAUUGCACGAAAUUCUAUCAUUGCAAUUUUGGGGAGAAGGUUGAGCGGCAAUGUAAUUCGAAUUUAUACUUCGAUCCAAUUUUGCAGGUAUGUAACUGGCCGUCAGCAGUUGAUUGCAAGCCAAGCACGCCUCCUCAAAGUACAACUAUAAAAGAUCUCGAAACAACAACCACUGAGGUAACCUCUUCAGUUGCUACCACUCCUGAUACCACAAUAAGUCCAGAAGUGUCUACAGUAGGGCCAACUACGCCUGAAGCAACUACACCAGAGGCAACCACGGCCGAAGACACAACAUUAGAGCCUACUACGCCUGAGGCAACAACACCUGAGGCUACCACGGCUGAAGACACAACAUUGGAGCCAACUACGACUGAAGCAACAACACCAGAGGCUACUACACCAGAGGCUACCACGGCUGAAGACACAACAUUAGAGCCAACUACGCCUGAGGCAUCAACACCAGAGGCUACCACAGCUGAAGACACAACAUUGGAGCCAACUACGACUGAAGCAACAACACCAGAGGCUACUACACCAGAGGCUACCACGGCUGAAGACACAACAUUAGAGCCAACUACGCCUGAAGCAACAACACCAGAAGCUACCACGGCUGAAGACACAACAUUAGAGCCAACUACGCCUGAGGCAUCAACACCAGAGGCUACCACAGCUGAAGACACAACAUUAGAGCCAACUACGCCUGAGGCAACAACACCAGAAGCUACUACAGCUGAAGACACAACAUUAGAGCCAACUACGCCUGAAGCAACUACACCAGAGGCUACCACGGCUGAAGACACAACAUUAGAGCCAACUACGCCUGAGGCAACAACACCUGAGGCUACUACACCAGAGGCUACCACGGCUGAAGACACAACAUUAGAGCCAACUAUGCCUGAGGCAACAACACCUGAGGCUACUACACCAGAGGCUACUACACCAGAGACCAGUACACCAGAGGCUAGUACACCAGAGGGUACUACACCAGAGGCUACUACACCAGAGGCUACCACGGCUGAAGACACAACAUUAGAGCCAACUACGCCUGAAGCAACUACACCAGAGACUACCACGGCUGAAGACACAACAUUAGAGCCAACUACGCCUGAGGCAACAACACCAGAAGCUACUACAACUGAAGACACAACAUUAGAGCCAACUACGCCUGAAGCAUCUACACCAGAGGCUACCACGGCUGAAGACACAACAUUAGAGUCAACUACGCCUGAGGCAUCAACACCAGAGGCUACCACGGCUGAAGACACAACAUUAGAGCCUACUACGCCUGAGGCAACAACACCUGAGGCUACUACACCAGAGGCUACCACGGCUGAAGACACAACAUUAGAGCCAACUACACCAGAGGCUACUACACCAGAGGCUACCACGGCUGAAGACACAACAUUGGAGCCAACUACGACUGAAGCAACAACACCAGAGGCUACCACGGCUGAAGACACAACAUUAGAGCCAACUACACCAGAGGCUACCACGGCUGAAGACACAACAUUAGAGCCAACUACGCCUGAAGCAACAACACCAGAAGCUACCACGGCUGAAGACACAACAUUAGAGCCAACUACGCCUGAGGCAACAACACCAGAAGCUACUACAGCUGAAGAUAUAACAUUAGAGCCAACUACGCCUGAGGCAACAACACCAGAAGCUACUACAGCUGAAGACACAACAUUAGAGCCAACUACGCCUGAAGCAACUACACCAGAGGCUACCACGGCUGAAGACACAACAUUAGAGCCAACUACGCCUGAGGCAACAACACCUGAGGCUACUACACCAGAGGCUACCACGGCUGAAGACACAACAUUAGAGCCAACUACGCCUGAGGCAACAACACCUGAAGCAACUACACCAGAGGCCACCACGGCUGAAGACACAACAUUAGAGCCAACUACGCCUGAAGCAACUACACCAGAGGCUACUACGGCUGAAGACACAACAUUAGAGCCAACUACGCCUGAGGCAACAACACCUGAGGCUACUACACCAGAGGCUACCACGGCUGAAGACACAACAUUAGAGCCAACUACACCAGAGGCUACCACGGCUGAAGACACAACAUUAGAGCCAACUACGCCUGAAGCAACUACACCAGAGACUACCACGGCUGAAGACACAACAUUAGAGCCAACUACGCCUGAGGCAACAACACCAGAAGCUACUACAACUGAAGACACAACAUUAGAGCCAACUACGCCUGAAGCAUCUACACCAGAGGCUACCACGGCUGAAGACAUAACAUUAGAGCCAACUACGCCUGAGGCAACAACACCAGAAGCUACUACAGCUGAAGACACAACAUUAGAGCCAACUACGCCUGAAGCAACUACACCAGAGGCUACUACGGCUGAAGACACAACAUUAGAGCCAACUACGCCUGAGGCAACAACACCUGAGGCUACUACACCAGAGGCUACCACGGCUGAAGACACAACAUUAGAGCCAACUACACCAGAGGCUACUACACCAGAGGCUACCACGGCUGAAGACACAACAUUAGAGCCAACUACGCCUGAGGCAACAACACCUGAGGCUACUACACCAGAGGCUACUACACCAGAGACUAGUACACCAGAGGCUAGUACACCAGAGGCUACUACACCAGAGGCUACCACGGCUGAAGACACAACAUUAGAGCCAACUACGCCUGAAGCAACUACACCAGAGACUACCACGGCUGAAAACACAACAUUAGAGCCAACUACGCCUGAGGCAACAACACCAGAAGCUACUACAACUGAAGACACAACAUUAGAGCCAACUACGCCUGAAGCAACUACACCAGAGGCUACCACGGCUGAAGACAUAACAUUAGAGCCAACUACGCCUGAGGCAACAACACCAGAAGCUACUACAGCUGAAGACACAACAUUAGAGCCAACUACGCCUGAGGCAACAACACCAGAGGCAACCACGGCUGAAGACACAACAUUAGAGCCAACUACGCCUGAGGAAACAACACCAGAAGCUACUACAGCUGAAGACACAACAUUAGAGCCAACUACGCCUGAGGCAACAACACCAGAAGCUACUACAGCUGAAGACACAACAUUAGAGCCAACUACGCCUGAGGCAACAACACCAGAGGCUACUACACCAGAGGCUACCACGGCUGAAAACACAACAUUAGAGCCAACUACGCCUGAAGCAACUACACCAGAGGCUACCACGGCUGAAGACACAACAUUAGAGCCAACUACGCCUGAGGCAACAACACCUGAGGCUACUACACCAGAGGCUACCACGGCUGAAGACACAACAUUAGAGCCAACUACGACUGAAGCAACAGCACCAGAGGCUACUACACCAGAGGCUACCACGGCUGAAGACACAACAUUAGAGCCAACUACGCCUGAAGCAACAACACCAGAAGCUACCACGGCUGAAGACACAACAUUAGAGCCAACUACGCCUGAGGCAUCAACACCAGAGGCUACCACAGCUGAAGACACAACAUUGGAGCCAACUACGCCUGAGGCAACAACACCUGAGGCUACUACACCAGAGGCUACCACGGCUGAAGACACAACAUUAGAGCCAACUACACCAGAGGCUACUACACCAGAGGCUACCACGGCUGAAGACACAACAUUAGAGCCAACUACGCCUGAGGCAACAACACCUGAGGCUACUACACCAGAGGCUACCACGGCUGAAGACACAACAUUAGAGCCAACUACGCCUGAAGCAACUACACCAGAGGCUACCACGGCUGAAGACACAACAUUGGAGCCAACUACGCCUGAGGCAACAACACCUGAGGCUACUACACCAGAGGCUACCACGGCUGAAGACACAACAUUAGAGCCAACUACACCAGAGGCUACUACACCAGAGGCUACCACGGCUGAAGACACAACAUUAGAGCCAACUACGCCUGAGGCAACAACACCUGAGGCUACUACACCAGAGGCUACCACGGCUGAAGACACAACAUUAGAGCCAACUACGACUGAAGCAACAGCACCAGAGGCUACUACACCAGAGGCUACCACGGCUGAAGACACAACAUUAGAGCCAACUACGCCUGAAGCAACUACACCAGAGGCUACCACGGCUGAAGACACAACAUUGGAGCCAACUACGCCUGAGGCAACAACACCUGAGGCUACUACACCAGAGGCUACCACGGCUGAAGACACAACAUUAGAGCCAACUACACCAGAGGCUACUACACCAGAGGCUACUACACCAGAGGCUACCACGGCUGAAGACACAACAUUAGAGCCAACUACGCCUGAAGCAACUACACCAGAGGCUACCACGGCUGAAGACACAACAUUAGAGCCAACUACGCCUGAGGCAACAACACCUGAGGCUACUACACCAGAGGCUACCACGGCUGAAGACACAACAUUAGAGCCAACUACGACUGAAGCAACAGCACCAGAGGCUACUACACCAGAGGCUACCACGGCUGAAGACACAACAUUAGAGCCAACUACGACUGAAGCAACAGCACCAGAGGCUACUACACCAGAGGCUACCACGGCUGAAGACACAACAUUAGAGCCAACUACGCCUGAGGCAACUACACCAGAGGCUACCACGGCUGAAGACACAACAUUGGAGCCAACUACGCCUGAGGCAACAACACCAGAAGCUACUACAGCUGAAGACACAACAUUAGAGCCAACUACGCCUGAAGCAACUACACCAGAGGCUACUACAGCUGAAGACACAACAUUAGAGCCAACUACGCCUGAAGCAUCAACACCAAGUACCCCAUCUACACCUGCACCAAUUUGUCCCCCAGGUGUUUUUGGCAAUGUACCACAUCCCGUUUUGUGUGACUACUAUUACAAUUGUAUUGGAGGAAUGGAAGUUUUACUGAGAUGUUUAGAAGGCUUUGAGUACGAUCACAGUAUUAGGGGCUGCUCACGCAUUUCCGAAAAUGGAUGUUUUGCAAGAAAAAAUGUUACAACAACAAUAGAUUAUAACACAGAUACAACAACAGACUACCAACUUAUCGACACAACAACAGAAUAUAUAGAAUCAACAACAUACAGAGAGAAUAUUUGUCCACCCGGUUUUUCAGGGAAUUUGCCACACUCAACAAUUUGCAGUCAUUAUUAUCUUUGUGAAGAGGGUGAAGCGAUACUGAAGAACUGCGCGAAGGGAUUUGAGUACGAUGCCGAAAUUAUGGACUGUGUUCCAAUAUCAGAGACCGGUUGUUACGCACAGCAAGGUCUAACAACAACAACGGAUAACAAUAGAUUACCCGAGUUAUCAACUUACAAGAACGACGAAGAGGACUAUAUAUGUCCACCAAUGUUUUCUGGUAAUAUCGAACAUCCAACUUUGUGUGAUUCGUAUUACACUUGCUUUGCUGGAAUGGAAUUUUUGAUGAAUUGCUCUCAUGGAUUCGAGUUUGACCCAGUUGUUAAGAAUUGCGUCCGGAUUUCAAAAACUGGUUGUUUCGCAACACGAUACAACUUAACAUCAUCAACAACAACGACAACGACACCAACUAUAACAACAACCGAAAACAAUAAAGACAAACCAAUAUGUCCACCGAACUUCUCAGGAAAUGUACCCCACGAAACAAAAUGCGAUUCUUACUAUACUUGCUUUAGUGGAUCGGAGUUUUUGAUGCAAUGUCCCAACGGAUUUGAAUUUGAUUCGAAUACAAAAGAUUGCGUUCGAAUAUCGGAGACCGGUUGUUUUGCACAACAACGCUUAGCAACAACAACAGACAACAAUAGAUUACCCGAGCUAUCUACUUAUAAGAACGAUGAAGAGGACUAUAUAUGUCCACCAAUGUUUUCUGGUAAUAUAAAGCAUCCAUCUUUGUGUGAUUCGUAUUACACUUGCUUUGCUGGGAUGGAGUUUUUGAUGAAUUGCACUCAUGGAUUCGAGUUUGACCCAGUUGUUAAGGACUGUGUUCGAAUAUCAGAGACUGGUUGUUUUGCACAACAAGGCUUAGCCACAACAACGGAUAACAAUAAAUUACCCGAGUUAUCAACUUACAAGAACGAUGAAGAGGACUAUAUAUGCCCACCUAUGUUUUCUGGUAAUAUCGAACAUCCAAGUUUGUGUGAUUCGUAUUACACUUGCUUUGCUGGAAUGGAGUUUUUGAUGAAUUGUUCUCAUGGAUUCGAGUUUGAUCCAGCUGUUAAGAAUUGCGUCCGGAUCUCGAACACUGGCUGUUUUGCAACACGAUACAACUUAACAACAACUACAACGACAACCACAACAACGACACCAUCUACAACAACACCCGAAAACAACAAAGUCAAACCAAUAUGUCCACCGGCUUUCUCAGGAAAUAUUCCCCACAGAACGAAAUGUGAUUAUUACUAUACUUGCUUUAGUGGAUCGGAGUUUUUAAUGCAGUGUCCCAAAGAAUUUGAAUUUGAUCCGAAUACAAAAGACUGUGUUCGAAUAUCAGAGGCUGGUUGUUUCGCACAUCAAGAUCUAACAACAACAACGGAUAACAAUAGGUUACCCGAGUUAUCAACUUACAAGAACGAUGAAGAGGACUAUAUAUGCCCACCUACGUUUUCUGGGAAUAUCGAACAUCCAACUUUAUGUGAUUCGUAUUACACUUGCUUUGCUGGAAUGGAGUUUUUGAUGAAUUGUUCUCAUGGAUUCGAGUUCGAUCCAGUCGUUGAGAAUUGCGUCCGAGUUUCGAAAACUGGUUGUUUUGCAACACGAUACAACUUAACAACAACGACAACGACAUCAACUACAACCGAACACAACAAAGUCACACCAAUAUGUCCACCGGCUUUCUCAGGAAACAUUCCCCACAGAACAAAAUGCGAUUAUUACUAUACUUGCUUCAGUGGUUCGGAGUUUUUAAUGCAGUGUCCCAACGGAUUUGAAUUUGAUCCCACAACCAACGAAUGUGUAAGGGUAACGCCGAGUGGAUGUUUCGCGCGGCAAAAUGAUCCAGAAAACAUUUGCGCACCAGGUAAAUCUGGUCACGUGCCACACCCAGAAUUGUGUGACACGUUCUACCUUUGUGCCAUGGGUGAACCCCUGAGGCUACAUUGCAGCAGAGGAUUUGAAUUCUCUGCAGAAAAUGGGCAAUGCGUGGCGAUAUCUGAUGAUGGAUGCUUUGCGAAAGUGAAACAAUCAAAACAGAUGCCAAUUUGCUCACCAGCUAAAUCUGGUAACAUACCACAUCAAACAAGAUGCGACUCGUACUAUCACUGUGAAGAUGGUGAAGCCACAGAAGUAUUUUGUAAAGAAGGAUUGGAAUUUGACCCAGAAACUAAGCAAUGCGCGCUCAUUUCGGAGAACGGCUGCACAGCUCGCAAGUAGACUUGGCUGGCAAGGGUCCCUCGUGAUCUUUCAAUGGCGAAUACGGACGUCUCUCGAUUAUCUAAAGUGAUAUUUUAUUGAAUUAUUGGGAAUGCCGAAAUAAACUUGUAUAACAUAA